UACUUGGUUCAGUUUUGAUUCAAGCUGUUUGGAAUUUUUGUGCCUGGAUUGAGACCUCUGAAGUGACAGCAGUAUUAGCCAUCGAGCCCCUGUGCAGCUUUAGUUCUUCAGCUUCAGAGAGGAGUUGUGCUGACAUUCAACAACUGGCAGUGACCCUUCAUUGCAUCAGCAUCCCCAUAGCUACUGAGAAUUGCUGAACUAGAGGCAGAGUCUGACUGCAGUAGCAUCCCUGCCAGAUGACUGCUGAACAGCAAUCCAAGCAGCACCAGUCAAGAGGGAGAUGUGCCCAUCUCUCUUCCAGCUGCAGCUGAGGAGAAUGACCUGCCCACACCUUCUUAGAGGGGAAUGACUUCUCUCAGUGCUUUUCUUUGUGCUUCCUUAGCCCAAUAAGAGCAACCAUCUCAGUGAGCCCCUCCCCUGAUCCUCGCUGGGCAUGUCAGCUUCCAAUGCAUCUCAGAAAUGCAAGGAUUACAGCUUCAACCACCACCUCCUCCUGCCUGGCUACAUCAUGAUAUUCAUUACAGGUUUAGUGCUAAAUGUGAUGGCCCUGUGGAUAUUCAUCCGCUACCUGCGCCUGAAGUCCGUGGUGAUGAUUUACAUGUUCAACCUGGCUGUAAGCGACCUCACCUUCACACUCCCUCUGCCACUGCGACUCUAUUACUAUUCCAACCACCACUGGCCCUUUGGUAACACCUUGUGCCAGGUCUCUGGCUCCGUCUUCCAGAUCAACAUGUAUGGUAGCUGCCUCUUCCUCAUGUGCAUCAACCUGGAUCGCUAUGUUGCCAUUGUCCACCCACUUCGCUGGCGGCAUCUGCGGCGCCCCAAGGUGGCCAGGCUCCUUUGUCUGAUUGUCUGGGUUGUGAUUUUCAUGGGCUCCAUCCCCACAGCCAUAGUCCACAAGCAAAACCACUGCGAGGUGCAUAACCAGACCAUUUACCUGUGCUUUGAAAGCUUUCGUGACAACAUAUGGCAGAAUAACCUCUUUCCCCUAGUUGUCCUGGCUGAAAUCUUGGGGUUUCUCUUGCCUCUCAGCUGUGUGACAUACUGCUCAAUUCGGAUCUUUCAGGAGCUCUGCCAGGACAGCCAGACGAAAACCCUGAGACAGCAGAAGACUGUCCGUCUCCUCUUGGUCAAUCUGGUCAUCUUCAUCAUCUGCUUUGUUCCCUACAACACUACCCUGGCAGUCUAUGGAAUGAUAAAAGCCAGGGUGUUGAAGGUUGAGCAAGAAACACAGGACUCUGUGCGCCAAGUAUUAAUUAUGACAAUGCUUUUGGCCAGCAUGAACUGCAUGGUGGACCCCUUGAUCUACUACUUUAGUACUGAGGGGUUCCAUAACACCUUUAAGAAACUGCGGCGGGGACAAACUUGGGACUCAGACACAGGAAUCCUUAAGACUCACAUUGGGGAGAAUAAGUCAGCCAGACACCAUGCUGUCACAAAAGUAAAGCAGUUCCCAGCUGAAAGCUUUAUCCAUCCCAAUGAAUCUUUGCCAUCACUUCCUACUGCUCUGUUUUUGAAUGGCCCUAUCGAGGACUCGGAAAUAUAACCACCAAAAGGUCACCAUUGCAGCAUCACCCAGUCAACAAUCACACCAAAACUGUGGCAAAUAUCUCAGGGUAACUUAGCAAACUGUUUGAGGGAACUGAGCAGACUGUAUAUGGGUGAACUUGAUGAUAUAAAGCUGAAGGAUGAAAGAUUGUUUUGAAUAAACAGGGAUGUCUUGGUGACAUGAUCCCACCUGACUCUUUUGGCACAGGAAACAGUGGAGAGUAAGGACUUGAAGCAAAU